UUUUUUUUUAAUCUUAUACUAUCAAAAUAAUGACAGAUAGUAUAUUAAUACGUACAUGUCUAUCUAGUGCUUUAGCACUUAUAUCAUGUACAAGCGCAUUUGUACUGUCACUUCAGCGUGUUCAUCUACACAAGACACAAAAAAAGGAUCCUGCACCACUUCGUUUCGAUCAAGAUCGCGAUUUAACUGUUCUAAUAUCAAACGACACAAAUCGACUAACAAGAACUACAUUCAGUACUUCUAUUCUAUUAAUUUUAUCUGCUUUGAGUCUUUAUGAUAAUGUUAUUGUUCAACAUCCCGAGAAUUGGUUAACAACUGUUUCUGCAUGCAUUCAGCUUAUUACCUGGCUGUAUACUUUUGUGCUGGUGCUUGUUUCUCAUCGCUACAAAUUUCCUAACAAAUGGGGAUGGAUUCUGAACGUUCAUUUAUGUAUCUUAUAUACCUCUGCGUGGUGCAUUUCGGUCUAUGACUUGUAUGAAGCCUAUACUUUAAAUCCUACUGAUAGCUGGCUUCAUAUGCUACCUUAUACUUUAACUUUCUUUUUAAGUACAGAUCUUGUUUACACAACCGCUACAGCACAACGUGGUCAACCAUUCGUAGAUGAGCAUGGUAAACAAGUAGCAAACAUUAAUGUAGCCUCUAUUUUUUCGAUUCUUUAUUUUCAAUGGGCUACCCCUUUAAUUAAAACUGCUUAUAAAAACAAAAAGUUGACAGAAGAAGAUUUGCCUAUUUUACCUCCUCUUUUCAGAGGUUAUAACCUUUAUUACAUCUUUGGUUCUUCGCGAGGAAAUAGCUUACUUAAACGUAUUUAUAGAGCAAAUAAGAAAGCUAUUAUCAUUCAAGUUAUUCUAGCUUUUAUUACUUCUUGUUUAUAUUAUGUGCCCGCUUAUUUCGUUAAUCAGCUUUUAUUGUUGAUUCAAAGUAUAAAUCAUGGUCAAGAUAGAGGACUCAUUGAAAAAGGUUUUGUUACUGUUAUUAGCUUAGGUGCUUCUAUUUUUAUUUUAGGUAUCCUUACUGGUCAACUAUGGUAUUAUGCUUCUUCUUCUGUUCAAGUACGUAUUAAAGCAAUGUUAAAUAUCGAAAUUUAUCGCAAAACUUUACGUCGUCGUGACUUGGCUGUGGCUUCACCCAAAUUUGAUGAUGAUGAAAAUAUGAAAAAUAACGAGGAUAAUAAGGAAAAUUCAAGUGAAGUUAAACCAAAAGAAGAUGCAAGUUCGUCUACUGGUAUGAUUGUCAACUUGAUGAGUACAGACUCCAACCGUAUCUCAGAAUUUAGUGUAUGGUGGUUCUCCGUUAUAUCCGCUCCUGUUGAGUUAGUGGUUGGUAUUUAUUUUUUAUACAAACUGUUGGGUAAAUCAUGUUUUCUGGGCCUUUUGGCAAUGAUCGUCGUCUUGCCUAUAAACCAUUAUAAUGCUAAAAUCUUUGCUAAAACUCAAGACAAACUAAUGGAAUCGCGUGAUAAGCGUGUUUCCCUUAUGAAUGAAGUCCUUCAAGGCAUUCGACAAAUUAAAUUUUUUGCUUGGGAAACAAAUUGGGAAAAACGUAUUAUGGAAGCAAGAGAAGUUGAACUUCAUCAUUUGGGUAUCACCUAUUUAUCAGAUGUUUUGUUUACCUUUUUGUGGCAGGGAUCUCCCAUUCUGGUCACUUUGGUUUCAUUUUGGUCGUUUACAAAAUUAGAAGGUCAACAAUUAACAGCACCUAUUGCUUUUACUGCUAUCACUGUCUUUAAUGAGUUAAGAUUUGCUUUGAAUAUCUUACCAGAAGUUUUUAUUGAAUGGCUACAAGCUCUUAUUAGUAUUAGACGAAUUGAUGCUUACUUGAAUGAAGACGAAGUUGAACCUGUCACAAAUCAAUAUGAAGAAAACCAUCUUGAUAAUAGCAAUGCUAACGCUAUUACUAUUGGCUUUGAGCAUGCAACUGUUGGCUGGAGUCAGCAAGCAUAUACUGAUAAUGAAAAUCGGGAUGUAACAGCAGAUGGUUCCAAUAAUGGCCAAUUUAUUUUGAAAGAUUUAAACUUUACAUUUCCAAAUAAUGAACUUAGUCUAAUUAGUGGAUCUACAGGUUCAGGAAAAACUUUAAUGAUGCUAAGUUUACUAGGAGAGGCCAUUGUCCUUGAAGGUAGAACCCAUUGUCCUCGUCAAGCUGUGGCUGAUACUGUCUCUGAUGAUUUUGCUUUAUUAUCUAAAGAUAUUGAUCCGAAAGAUUGGUUAUUACCUUAUGCACUAGCCUUUGUCUCACAGACUUCAUGGCUACAGAAUGCCUCUAUUCGUGAUAAUAUUUUGUUUGGUUUGCCUUAUAUUGAAUCAAGAUAUCGUGAAACAUUAUAUGCUUGUGCUUUAGAUAAAGAUCUUAAAAUUUUAGAGGAUGGUGAUCAAACUGAAAUUGGUGAAAAAGGUAUUACACUUUCGGGUGGUCAAAAGGCACGUGUGUCUUUAGCUAGAGCUGUAUAUUCUCGCGCCCAAAAUGUGUUGAUGGAUGAUGUAUUAAGUGCUGUUGAUGCCCACACGGCUAAGCAUCUAUAUGAGAAAUGCUUAUUAGGGCCCUUAAUGAAAACCCGUACACGUAUUUUGAUUACUCAUCAUGUUAAACUUUGUGCCAAGGGUUGUGGUUAUAUUGUACAUAUUGAUAAUGGCUCUGUAGAUGUUAUAGGUACACCAAGUGAAUUACGUCAAUCUGGUAAACUUGCCUCUAUUUUUGAAAGUGAAGAAGAGGAAAUUGUCGAAGAAAUUUCAGCUGAAGAAGAGGCAAUUGAGAACACAUUACCUGCUACAGAUGAUAAUGAUGUUAAUCAAAAGAAACCACGUGUACUUGUUGAAGAAGAGACUCGUGCCUUUGGUAUGGUCAAGCUGAGACUUUAUAAAAUGUACAUUAACAUGGUAGGCAGUCCCUUUUUCUGGGCUUUUAUGGUUAUUUUGAUUAUGGGCUCUCGUGUUUUGGAUAUAACAGAAAGUUGGUGGAUCAAGAAAUGGUCUCAGUCUUAUGAAACUGAAAGCAAUGCUAUUGAUGGUGACUUUACCCUUCAACAACAAAGCAUGAUUUCACAAUCUAAACCUGUGUACGCCUAUCGAUCUUUGUCAGUCAUCAAUAACUCAAAUGACCUUGAAAUGAGUAUAAAAGAUUCAAAGGAUGAUUCUCUAAACUUUUACAUGGGAGUUUAUUGCUUAAUCACGAUGACUAAUAUUGUUGUUGGUGCUGCUCGUUUUGCCGUUCUUUAUUGGGGUGUUCUUCGAGCUAAUAAAUUACUUUAUGCCGAACUCUUGCAUCGUGUCUUCCGAGCUCCUCUUCGUUUCUUUGACACUACACCUAUCGGUCGUAUCUUGAAUCGAUUCUCUAAAGAUUUUGAGACUAUUGAUUCAAGCAUUCCUAAUGAUGUAUUGAACUUCAUUAUCCAAUGGAUAAUUGUUUUCUCAAGUAUGUUAACUGUUUCUGCUGUCCUACCUGUUUUUAUAUUUCCUAUGCUAAUCAUUGUUGUUAUUAAUAUUUGGCUGGGUAUCAUGUUUGUUUCUACUUCUCGUGAAUUGAAACGUAUGGAUUCUGUCAGUCGUUCACCUUUGUUUAGUCAUUUUACCGAAACAAUUAUUGGUGUAUCUACAAUUCGUGCCUUUGGUGCUACGCGUCAAUUUUUGCAACAGAUGUUGAAAUACAUUGAUGAUAAUGCCCGUCCUUAUUACUUUACAUGGUUAGUAAAUCGCUGGGUUAGUGUUAGAUACGCUUUUACAGGUGCCGUUAUCAACUCAUUCACUGGUGCCAUUAUCUUACUUAAUAUCGAUAGACUAGAUUCUGCUCUUGCUGGUUUCUGCCUUAGUUUCGUCUUGUUAUUUACAGAUCAGAUGUUUUGGGGUAUUCGUCGUUAUACUAGUUUAGAAAUGAGCUUUAACGCAGUAGAGCGUGUUGUCGAAUUUAUGGAAAUGAAUCAAGAAGCACCUGCUAUUACCCAAAUAAGAGCUCCUGCUGAAUGGCCUACAAGUGGCAAAAUUGAAGUCACAGAUCUGGAAAUCAGAUAUGCUGCUGAUCUUGAUCCUGUCUUGAAGGGGAUUUCAUUUUCUGUCAGGCCUCAAGAAAAAGUUGGUAUAGUUGGUAGGACAGGUAGCGGUAAAUCAACGCUUGCUUUAUCUUUCUUUAGAUUUGUUGAAGCAUCUAAGGGAGCUAUUGUUAUUGAUGGAAUUGAUAUUAGAGAUCUUGGUACAGAAGAUCUAAGAUCUAAUUUGACCAUUAUUCCUCAAGACCCUACUCUAUUCUCUGGUUCACUUCGUUCUAACAUGGAUCCUUUUGACCAAUUUACAGAUGAAAAUAUCUUUGCAGCUUUACGUCGUGUUCAUUUAUUACCUAAAGAAGGAGAUGAACGUUCAGUCACUAGCGCGACUGCUGAUUCUGAAUCAACAUUAAAUGAAGUGAAUGCUAAUGUCUUCAAGGAUUUGGAUACGCCUGUUACGGAAGGAGGUAAAAACUUUUCUCAAGGCCAAAGACAAUUACUAUGUCUUGCUCGUGCUCUUUUGAAACGCAGUCGUAUCGUACUCAUGGAUGAAGCUACUGCAAGUGUUGAUUUUGAAACUGAUAAAGCAAUUCAAAAAACAAUUUCUACUGAGUUUGCAGACUCUACUAUUUUAUGUAUUGCUCAUCGUUUACAUACUGUUAUUGAGUAUGAUCGUAUUUUGGUAUUAGAUCAAGGAAAAGUUAUAGAAUUUGAUAGCCCUUUAACAUUAAUUAAUAAUCCUGAAUCUUCCUUCUAUAAGAUGUGUCGUAAUUCGGGUGAAUUUGAUAACUUGAUGAAUUUGGCUAGAUUAAAGCAUGAAUUAGUUGACAUAUCAAAUUAAUAUCUAUAAAUAUGUAUAAUUGUAUAUAAUAUUUUAUAUUUUUACAUAAUAAAAAAAUAAAUGCUAUUAU